AUGGAGGUCCUCUCUGUUUCGUCACGGCCUCUGAGGUCCUUGAUGAGGAGAUCUCCUGAGCUCAGGCUCGUGGUGGCUGGGAGGAGCUUGGACGCCAUACGACUGACCGGCGACCCUGAAGCAUUCCGAAUUAUAUUUUCCAUCCUCCAUUUUAACCCUGCUUCAGAUAUUCGAGAUAUUAACUUGAAAACUUUCGCCCAAAUAACUUUCCUUAGCCAAAAAUAUGCAUGGAAAAAAGCGCUCGAGGUCUGGAACCCGAUAUGGCUUGAUAAAUUGGAGCCACAUGCCUUAGAGCCAGGUAAUGAGGAUUGGCUGUAUGUAGCCGAUAUUUUCGGCAGAAAUAGUUCAGCAGAAGCAUUAGUAACCUGUCUUGGAAAAGAAUACUAUCCGGUCGAGGGCACAACGAUCCUGGAUAGACGACUGUUGAGUUAUGACGGUGUACGCCUGGAUACAAGCCUAUGGCCUCAAGAACAGUUGAGAAAAAUCGAAAAACAACGAAGGCUGAGGCUGAAUCAUCUCCUGUGGAGUAUAUGCGAGUUGCGCUCCAUUCUAAAUUACCUCUGUACAGAAACGCGACACGAUCCUAACUUCCACCCAGGAGACCAAGUAUGUGGGUCUACGGCCUGUCACUGCUUGGCAUACGGCAGCCUUUUGCGAAAGAUCCAUCAAGCUGGCUGGGAAAUUGGAAUAUAUUCCAUACCUCUAAUGUUGGAUAUGUGGAACCGAUCCGCGCGAAAGCUUCAAGAGAAGCUUGGUAGUGUCGGCUUUGAUACCCUCGAAAUCGUCGAUCCAGAGCAUAGAUGCAGUUUACUGGAUAUCAAGUCAGGCUUCCUCGGCUGCAUUAUGGAAAGUGAUAUAGGCCAACAGGAAAGUGCAAGGCGAACCUUUGGGAGGUCUAUUGCUAGACAUAUGGGGCCGGGAUGGAGUUACACCCGAAGCUUGCCUCAGAUAUUAAGACACUGUGAGUUCUCUAUACGGUGCCUCGAAACUGCAAAUCCCCGCUUAUGUGUCAUCGAUUUUUAG